AAAGAUUUACCGGGACCCGACCUGCCGCAUUUAUUUCGUGCAUAGUACGCAAAAUAAUAAUUUUUAUUAUAAUUCCUUUAUUUUGGGUAAUUUGUAAUUAUUAUUUUUCAUGUUAGUCUUUUCGGCAACGUAUACUAUUAUAAUAUUUCGCUUGAAGAGCUUUUGUGUAGGUUGUGGGGCGACCCUUUGUGGGUACAAUGGUGAUUGACAAAGUGUACGGGCUCCAAAGAACAGGAUUAUCCCUGAAUCAGCGAUUUACAUUACUAGCACAAGCCCAAAAAGCCCGUCAAACUAGACCUCGGAGAAACAGCAAUAUUGGUUAUCAAAACUUGGCUAAACAGCGGCUAAUUGAGCAAUUGAAUCAGGAAGGGUAUCGGCAAGCAGUGAAGGAGAGAUUGGGUUGGCGCAGUUUUGGCAGUGAUAGCAACCUGCCCGGCCUCAGGAGGGCAAAUAGCUUUGGUAAUCUAAGCCAGAGAAGCGUAACCUCAGGAGUCCCACAGAGAAGGAAGCGUUAUUUUUAUAAACCGCGAAAGUUCAACUUUUUCCAAGGUGGAUGGCGCAACUGGGGAUUGCAACGCCGAGGUGGCCGAAUGGGGUUCAACCGUGGUAGGAUCAGGGGUCGCGGUGGUUUUCAGCAAGUGGGCAGAAUGCAGUCUCGCCAGGCAGGGGCUCAGAACCAGGGGCAAACUCGAGUGGGGCCCCAGAACCAGGCGGGUGCGAGGCCCCAAACCGGACCGCGUGGAAGGGGCCGUGGCAGAUCUUGGGGCCGUGGAGGUGCCAACACCAACAGACCGCAGGUAUCCAAGGAAGAGCUGGAUCUCCAGCUGGACCAGUACAUGUCCAGCACUAAGUCCGCCCUGGACAAAGAGCUGGAUGACUAUAUGAAAGCAGCGAUGGAACUCGAGUAAUUAUUUUUAGUGUUAAGUGACAUUGUGAAUAGUUAAGUUUCUGUGUUUUUGAUUUUUGAAGUAAUGAUAAGUAUUUGUUGUGGAUUACCAGAUGUUAGUCUGUGAAGACAAACGAGCGUCUCCACCGUAUAGCCCACUAGACCAGGGGUGCUUAAGCUUGAACUGCUGGCGAUCUACCUCAAUAUUGUUAGACUACGAUCGAUCGGCUCUGAGAGGCUUCAAGUAUGUGUGAUGAAGGAUUGUCGUCUAGGUAGAGUGUCACGAUGACAUAGAUAUUAGUUUUGCGCAAAAUAUGCAUUUUUUUAGUCAAGGUAAGUUUAGGUCUGCUCUUAAAUGUCAAUGAAAAAUCUCAUAAUUAUUGUUCAAAAUUGCGAGUUUAUUGGUUCUUACAAAACAAACGCGUUCUAAAGUUCUUAGUUUAACUAAAUAGUGACUUUGGAUGUUGAAGCGUGACACUGCACAUCCUGAGCAUAAUUUUCAUAAGAUGGUACGUAAUUACCGAUUUUAGUUUAUUAUACCGGAUUUUUUUCUCGAGAUCGACUCAAAAAGCACUCGCGAUCGACCGUUUGAGCACCCCUGCACUAGACUCAUAAUACAUCUAUUAAAUUCGAUAUAAAACAAUCCAGUCAACCGUGUGAGAUGAGCGGGUGCGGGAUACUGAUUUCUGAUUGUUCAAGUAAUAAAUCACAAUAAAUUGCAAAUGAUUUCUAAUGAUUACUGUAGAUUUAAGGUUUUGGGUUAUAUGGUCGAUGGAGUGAAGCUAUCGGACGUUAAGUGAUCACCGCCCCCUAGCACUCAGGGAAAUCAGGGAUGUUGCCGUCCAUUUAAGUGGAUCUAAACGGCUUAUUGUCCCCAGCAACCAAAAGCCAAACCAAAGUUGUAUUGGCUUGUAAACAUUGUAUAGUACUUUGAAUGAAUAUUGUAACACGUUGUAAUAAAUGUAGUUUUUUUCUUUUUUUUGGGCAGGACGUUCAGCUGAUGGUAACUGACACGCCCUGCCCGUUACAAUGCAGUGCCGCUCAGGAUUCUUGAAAAACCCAAAAAUUCUGAGCGGCACCACAAUUGCGCUCGACACCUUGAGACAUAGGAUGUUAAGUCUCAUUUGCCCAGUAAUUUCACUAGCUACGGCGCCCUUCAAACCGAAACACAUUACUGCUUCACGGCAGAAAUAGCCGCCGUUGUGGUACCCAUAAUCUAGCCGGCAUCCUGCUCAAAGGAGCCUCCCACUGGUAAAAUGGUGGUUAAUGAAUGAUGAUGUUGUACCAUUUAAGGCGGCACAUCCAUGUAAGUAAUGCUUAACCAAUUACAAAAUAUAACUUUGUGCCACACAACUACAUCUACCAGUGGGAGGCUCCUUUGCACAGGAUGCCGGCUAGAUUAUGGGUACAACAACAGCGCCUAUUUCUGCCGUGAAGCAGUAAUGUGCAAACACAGCUUAGCUAGUGACAUUAAUGGGCAAAUUAGACUUACCGUGUUAUGUUUCAACGUGACGAUCGCAAACGUAUCGCAAAAUUUUUGGGUCUUUCAAGAAUCCUGAGCGGCACUGCAUUGCAAUGGGCAGGGCGUAUCAAUUACCAUCAUAGUCCUGUUCGUCUCUUAUUGUCAUAAAAAAAUCGAGAUCGCGAUUUUAAGCAGAGAAAUCGACGAAGAUAUACGAUGAAUGACUUUACCAGCAUAAUGUAGCACUUGUCUUAUUUGCCUCUUGCUAUUAACUAUCGGUGUGACAUGGAGAUUAAUUGACUGUGUUAAACCACACUCAUAUUUGGGUCUACGAUUAAUGUUGCUUCAUGUGUAAAGUUUUUUUCAUGGCAUAGGUGAAAAAUUCAAGGCUACAUUUCAUCUGAUGGUAAUAAUAAGAAUAUGUUGGUAUCUUUAACUUUAUUAUUAGAAAAAUAUGCAGUUGUACAAAGUUGACCAACAACUGUGUUACGGCCGUUCCCAAUAUUCAGUCCAUCUCCGGUUGUGGCCUACUUGAGGUAACCAUCAACCAUCGUUGACUUUUCUGUCUCAAUAAACUUAUCGACGGUAACUCUGUCUGUCAAUGGGAAGACGUAUAGCUUACCAGCGAUAUAAGGUUGUAUGAGAAUUGCAAUUCACGCGUCCCAAUAUAAGGCGAUAAGAAUGACUUAUCGGGUAUAUUGGGACAGCUUCAGAUUAUUGACAGCUAAUUACUGGCAGUAGAAGGUAGUACUUUAUAUCUAUCUGCAGAUAGUAUAUUAGGAAUGGCUGUUAACGUACAGCGGAUAAGUAAAAAGGUCAGUUUUUCAACCUUUUUUUAUUUAGCACUGUAGGACCUCUUAUUUUUAUUAGCUAUGUAGAUUCAGUUAUUUGGUAAAAAAUUCAGCGAUUUCUGUUGUUUUAAAUUCAAUGUUAUGUUUUCUUAUGUAGUGGUUGGUGUACAGAUAAGGUUUGACUAUAAAAAUUAGGUUAAGUUAUUUUUCAUUCAUACAAAUUUCUUAAAAAGAUAAUAAAAUAUUAGUAAUAUUUUUACUAUAUGGUAUUUGUCUUACUAUAAUAAUACUAACAUAUAUGUUGUAUAUUUAUCAAUAAAAUAACUGUAGUGAUUAUUUAAGUCAGGAAAAAGUUAACUUUAAUAAUAAAUCAGUGUAUAUCACUUCCAAUAGGGUUUAAGCCAUUUCUGAAAUUGAAACAUACAGAUAUAAGUCUAAAAAUUAUUUAGUGGCGUGUUUACAAAAGUAGUGUUUAAAUUUUUAUUUUGAAAAUAAAAAAGAAAUGCUUUUGAUUUUAUUAUGAUUUGAACAUGAUUUAAACUUUAAAUUUCUUAUUAUUGUCCUAACUCACUGUCUGUUACACUCACAGUUUGGAACCGGUUCAUAAUUACUAACCGGUUAGUUUCAUCAACAAAAGAGUUGGUUAAGAAAAGAUAUUAACGGAGAAAGUAUUGUACAGCGUAAGUUUAAUUUUGUGUUUAGUUAUGACUGUGAUGAGAUUAUCUAAAGAGUGAUUUGUUUGGUUUCAGUUACGAUCAUAGGAAUCUAAAUAACCAGGCACUAGAAGUAGCACAGCUUUUUUGAACAAGAGUUUUAUACUCUUUUGGAUGAUAUUAUGGUUACUAUGACUGCCUUUUUAAUGUUAGCAGUAAGCUAACUGUUUCAGAAUCUUUUAUAGAUGAUUCAUAUAAUGGGUGUAGAUAAAGUCUUGUAUACAACUUUUGAUAAUUAGGUAUUAAACCCACAUUUGUUUUUUUAUGUUGUACCACUUUGUAUCCGUACGUUCGUUUGUCCUCUUCUUCCAAUAAAAUCAAAUAUUCAGUUGUCGGAUUGCCACGUAACUAAUAAAUACUUUCUCGACCUCGAUCAACCUAAGUCGCCCUGUGAGUUUGAAUAGGCGAAAUGUCGGGUCGAAUAAAUUAUAAUCAUCUUUAUCUACCCAUGCUUUAAAUCCUCUAUUAAAGAUUCUGAAACAGUUAGCUUACUGCUAACAUUAAGAAGCCAGUCCUAUCCUACAGUAUGGCCAACAUUAAAACACCCAAUGUUCUAAUAACCAUUACAUCAUCCAAAAGAGUGUUGUAAUGUUGUACUGAAUUUCAUAACAACACUCCUAUGUUUUUUUUAUCCCUUCAUGCGCAAAGAGUUUCAACAUACAGCCACAUUCUUAUUGCUCCAUGCGUGGUAUCUGUAUGAAUUUCAGAAAAAGAACAUUUUCGUUUACGCGCGCUCCACACUCCGAGAACAUCGCGCGCCGUAAAAAAAAGUAGGUUAUUCGAAUCCCCGCCAUUUUUCUUCGAUAUUUUUAUUGUUUUGUUUACAAAAAAUGAGCGAUUCAUUUUAAACGCUGCAAAAGAACAUUAUAUUCGAGUGAAUUUUAAUUAUUGCACUAUACAAAAUGUAAAUUACUACUAAAAUAAAUAAUUGUUUCAUUAAUACUUAGUUUAUUUGUAUACAAUCAGUAAUGAAUGAUAUUAGGUUACUACUAGGACUGGUCUUUUAAUGUUAGCAGUAAGCUAACUGUACCAGAAUCUUUUAGAGUAUUCAUAUUCUGGGUGUAGAUAAAGUCUUGUAUGCAACUGUUGAUAAUUAGGUAUUAAAAUACUCACAUUCGUGUUUUAAUACCCCUUAUUACACUACAGUUGCAUAAAUAACUAUUACCUAGUAAUAAAUGAAUCUUUAUAAUGUAGUACGUAUAAUGUUGUUACUUUAAUAGAAAUAAAGUCACUCUGACCAUAAUUUAACUUUUUCUUGCGUCUGAACCAAGUCUAGUACUGAUAAGUAAUCAAAUCGGGGUUGAUCUUUUGAUGUGUAUCUUUAAAUGUGUUACGAAAUUUAAGAGAAUUGUUAAAAAACGUUUGUGUGGGAAAGGUUACUAUAGCAUAAACGAUUUUCUUAAUGACAGCGAACACCCUCAGGCUCUUUAAUUAUAAAUGUUAAUUGUACGAUAUCACAUUGUAAUCCAUAUUUUAUAUUAAAAAAAGCCCGCUGAGUUUCUUGCGCCCAUUCUUCUCAGGUCUGAGGCAGUCUCUUUUGAAUGGGUGGUAGUUUUUGGCGUUCAAUAAAUGAUUUUAAAUCCUAUUUUGAAUAAAAAUAUUUGAAUUUGAAUUUGAUGUUUUUUGGGACUUUAUAUUAUUGUUGUAAAUGCCAUUCAAAGAUUCUCUUAAACUCAGAUUUUAUGCGUAAUAUAGAUUAGAGAUAUUAUUAGAUUUAUUAUUAUUAGAGAUAUUAUAGACUAAACAUGCCAUAUAUUUUUUGUCUGUUCGUAAUCUUGCGAUCAUUCUUUCUGACUAUGAGCAGAUGUGUUUGGGUAAGUUAUUUGGUAUAUGUAAGUACAUUGGCUUAGUCAUCACUGUUGCCGAGGUGUAGAACAUGACAUAUAUGAUAUUAUGAAAUAUUAUAUUAUGUUACUUAAACUUCAGAAGGCCCGAAUUCAAAGAGUAUAAUAAUAUAUAGGGAAAAGAGAGCCCUCUCUACGCAUUAUGAGCUAUUUGAAAACUAGCGCCAUCUGGAGAUUGGCCCCGAAAAUAACUAUAUUGGUCGAAUUUAUAUAAUUCAUUUUUAAUGUUGUGACGCAAUUAAAUAACUAACUCUACUUUUUAAUGUAGGUAUUGCAAUUUUUUACCAUGUGAAAUUGCGCGUAGAGUUAUCUAUUUAAUUUUGUCAUAACAUAGAACAUAAAGGAUAGAUUUAGUAGUGUAAAUAUGCAAAAUGGAACACGAGAGCUACAUACAUGCGCAAACGCUAGAAGUAGCCGCCAUUUUGUGAUUAGUAGGCAGUGACACAAUUAAAGAAAAGUUGAAAGGUUUCAAAGCGAGUGACAGCUUUAAUUUUCGAGCCAACUAACAGAUGGCACUACAGUCUUCUGAAAACGUCACUUUAAGGCGUCUGUCCCACCCCUGCCCGAAUUGAUGUUACAGCUGGGCCUAAGGUGAUAAUAAUAUGCGGGCAGAUAAGUUGUAUGAAAUUCGUUUCUUAAGUGUUUUUUCUUUUUUCUUUAACUUGAUAGAAAACUUAACUGGUUGUAUAAUACAUUAUGUAUACUGUUUAUAGGCUGCCAAACCUCAAAUACUUUACUAUAAUCAAUUUAAAAUUGAUGUUUGUAAUUUAUUUGCUGAAAUUAAAAUACUUUUUUUUAUUAGGAUACUUAGAUAUAAAUAGCACCCUCAUUAGAAAUGUUUACAUAAAUUCCUGGGUAAACAGUGAACUAUUUCAGUCUAUUUACGUAUUUUAAUUUUUAAAAUUUAAUCCAUAUGUGUAAUUGAAUGUAGUUCCUGAAAAACGUUGCAAGCCACAAACAUCGCAUUUUUCGAAAUUCUUAUUUUAUUAUUUAUUUAUUUUUAGGAAUUCGUGUUUAAAGUUUCAUAAAUACUAGCUGACCCGACAGACGUUGUUCUGUAUAUAAUAAAUAAAAUAAUAUUUUUAUAUGAAUUUGUCAAUAAUCAAUAUCAUAACAUCAAAAAUUACUUCGUAAAAUAUGCACUAGAGAUGAAACGGAUAUCCGGUAACUAUCCGGUAUCCGGCCUAUCCGGCGGCCUUAAUACUAUCGGGCCGAAUACCGGAUAACUACCUACUAUUCGGCCGCAUAGGCAUCAGGCCGAAUAAAAAAAAUCUGUAUAAAAACAUAUAUUUUUAAGUAAUUAUUUGCUUUAUUUAGUUAGUAUCACUUAAGAAAUAUAAUUAGUUUUAGUUGUAAAUUUUUAAUCACACCAUAGUAAAUGAAUGUAAUAGAAAAAAAUUAAUUAAUUAGUACUCAUACUGCACUUAAGGCAAAUUAUGGUGGAUAAAUAUUAAUUUCUUUGCAUUGACAGGUUGCUAACUUCGCUUAUUAACGAAAAGAACCGAAUCUUACCGAGUCUACUCGAUAGUUGGCGCGCCGCCUACGCAAGUUUGUGUGUGCAAUACACCAAACGCCUAAGGUCCGCCGGAUAUCCGGCGGCUGGAUAUUCGGCUAUUAAGCCACAUGGUUGGCCGAAUAUCCGGUUUCCGGUAUCCGGCCAAACUGCUAUCCGUUUCAUCUCUAAUAUUCACCCUGCUGUCGUAAUGAAAUUGUUUCACAGCAGAACUGUCAAACCAUGCGUCAAUAAAUUCUCUCAUAGAAAUUAUGUAUGGACUCAUCAAAGGAAAAUCAAAUUUGUUGUUUUUAUUUAAUUUAGCAGCAUUUUCCUAUUUAUUCACCAUUUAAACCUUCCCUGGACUUCCACAAAUAAUUCAACACCAAAAUAAGCCAAAUCGGUCCAGCCGUUCUCGAGUUUUAGCGAGACUAACGAACAGCAAUUCAUUUUUAUAUAUAUAGAUAUUAGUGUGUUCCAUGCAUCUGGGUUGGGCUACUAAGUCAUGAUGUUAUUUAAAGAGUGACAGAACGGUUGCCAUUUCAUGUCAGUCCGUUAAUAUAAAUCACGUGACCAGUUUUGUGUUCUUAACUCAAUUUCGACAUGAUUGUGGUUUGGAACGUUUUUCUAAAAUUACAUCCAUUAGUUUUUCAAAAUAUGAAACAACUUUUUGUAUUUAUUACUUCCUUCCAUACUAUUAAACCAGAAAAUAUGGCAUUUUUGUUUGUGUACAUUUAAGCAGAGUAUAAGUUUUGAGAUGUAAUUAAGUUUUACUUUUAAGUUAAUUAUAUUUGUUUGAAAUAAAGAUAAUUUUCUAAAAUA